AUGGCUCAAUAUGAUCGUUGUUCGACAACUAAUGGGUGUGCCUGCUUCCUCAUAGCAGGUGCCACUAAUUUUGGUCUUUGCAGUUAUCAAUAUUUGGUGGAAUGUUCUCAGCUGACUCUAUGUGAAAACUCAACCAAUCUUUGUCCACGUGACUAUGAAUGUGUUCACCAUCCUCGGUGUCGUGAUGUUCCUAUUUGUUAUCCAGUACGGGCAGACAAUGUUGAACUCUGUCCACCGAUACUGGUCAUGCCCGAUAUUCCUGCUAAUGCACGCUGGACACAGAAUGGUGUCACUGUCGCUGGAGGUCACGGGGCAGGCAGUGCCAUCAAUCAACUCUCUGGUGGAUGGUUUGGAGCUUGUGGUCUCUUCGUUGAUGGUGAUCAAACAGUAUUCAUUGCUGACAUAGGGAAUCAUCGUAUCAUCCAAUGGAAGAAAAGUGAUACGAAUGGACAAGUUGUCGCUGGUGGUAAAAACGAAGGAAGUGGAUUGGAUCAAUUGAGAUAUCCAAGCGAUGUAUUAAUCGACAAAGAGACGGAUAGUCUCAUUAUUUGUGAUCGAGACAAUCGACGAGUCGUACAAUGGUCUCGUCGUCGUGGUACAAUGCAAGGUGAAGUACUCGUCGACAAUAUCGAUUGUUAUGGAUUAGCAAUGGGUCAGCAGAGAUAUCUCUACGUAUCUGACUACCGAAAACAUGAAGUAAGACGAUAUCAAUUGGGUGAUAAGAAUAGCACUCUCGUCGCUGGUGGUAAUGGCCAAGGUGCUGGACUUAAUCAACUCAGUGAACCGAGAUAUCUCUUUGUCGAUCGACAACAGAAUGUCUACGUGUCAGACAGAGAUAAUCAUCGUGUAAUGAAAUGGACUAAAGGUGCAAAAGAAGGCAUUUUAGUCGCUGGUGGCCAAGGCCACGGGAACGCUCUGACGCAAUUGUCGUUUCCUCAAGGACUAUUCGUCGAUACAUUGGGUACGAUCUAUGUGGCAGAAGAGGGGAAUGAGCGAGUGACACGUUGGACUCAAGGAGACAAGAAACAAGUCACUGUAGUUGCGGGUGGAAACGGCUCAGGAGCAGGAACAAAUCAGUUCUACCACCCCCUUGGUUUGUCCUUCGAUCGACAUGCCAAUCUCUAUGUCGUUGAUUGGGCUAAUGUUCGUGUUCAACGAUAUUCUCUCGAAUAG